UUCAGUGAGCUUGAGUUUUGUUGUAGUGUUUAGUGAAGCUAGUAAAGCUAGUUUGUGUGUUCCAGGGACAUUGGCGUGAUGGUGAAGCUCUAUCCCAACAUGAGCGCUGUGCUCCUGCACAACUCCCAGCUGGACCACAAGCGGAUCAAGCACCCCAGCGCUCUGGGACUGGAGGUCGGGCAGCAGAUCCAGGUGAAGUAUUUCGGCCGAGACCCCACGGAUGGCAGGAUGAGGCUGUCUCGUAAGGUGCUGCAGUCUCCGGCGGCGGCGGCGGUGAGGAGUCUGAGCGACAGACACAGCAUCUCUGUAGGAGCGUCCGGAGAGCAGAGCCCAGACUCAUAGAGCAGCUCACCUGCACCUUACUGAACACACUGUAUUUUAUAAUAAACACUCUUAUUACACA